GCAGCGAUCGUCAGGAAGCCCGCGACGUAAACAUGCCUAUUUGCACGGGUGAUCUUGGCCAGAUCUUGACCCAUUAAUACGAGAACCGAUGUCAGAGCAGUGUCGCUUUAUGUAUUUUUAGCUGACAGGCAAGAGCGGGGUUCGAGUCUCGAGACCGCGGUGCGCGCUGAUCGCCGGCCUCAGAGUAUUCGGCGUCCGCGUGGCAGUACCAUGACUGCUGGAAAAUGACAACACGAGGAAUAAGGCGGAAAAAAUCGUCGCUUUCCGAAGUCAAAGUAGCUGUUAUUGGAGCACCAUCUGUUGGAAAAAGUGCCCUUACUGUACGAUUCUUAACAAAGAGAUAUAUUGGAGAAUACGAUCACCAACAAGAAAGUAAAUACAAACACGAAGCCCUGUUGGACGGUGAACCGAUUUUGUGUGAAAUACUCGACACAUGUCCUAAGAGCACUGAUGAGCUACCGGGCAAUGAUAUAGCGCAGUGGGCAGAUGGUCUAUUUCUCGUGUAUUCAAUAACUGACAGGGAAUCAUUUAAUUAUGUACGAAAGGCAAAACAGCGGCUGCAGCCGGACGUACCGCUGACUUUGGUCGGAAAUAAAGCCGAUAUGGUGCAUUUACGACAGGUAAGCCCGGAAGAGGGCGAAAUCCUGGCGAAAGAUUUCGAGUGUAGUUUCGCCGAAGUUGCUGCCGCGGAACAAGUGAAUCAAGUUGGUGAAGUUUUCCACGAACUGUGUCGCGAAGUACUCACGCAUCGUCGGAGAGCGAAGCAUAGCCUGCUGGAUCGGAUGUUGGGCUCGAAAACCGCAUACAGAGUAUACUCUCGAGGGAAAAGCGACAGUGCCUUGCCAAAAGACUAGUAUAAUAUACUAAACUAGUGUAUUUUAGUUAAUACUAGAUUAAUUUGAUGAAACGCUACACCUUAUGAGUGUCCUUACGAGUGUCCUUAAAUGUGAGGAACCAUCAAUUUUAUUUACGGACUUUAAACGACUUCAUAUUCGUUCAGAUUUUAAUAGUUUUUAUACUGAUGUUCUAUACCUACGAAACGAAAGAUGAUGUUUGCAUUAGUGAGUACAUCAGAGUAUCGUUGUAGACCAAUUUUGAACAAAGAACAUUCUUCUUUUAGAGAUAAAUCAUACAUAAACUAAGGCUUGUAUUUCACGAGAACUAGGCGGUAUAACUACUAAUGAAGACAGCAGAAGCCAAAUGCAAUAAAUAUUGUCAUUAGUUUAUACAGCUUUAAGUGCGGAUUUAACGUGGUGUUUAUCGGGACCUACAAUAAAUUUAUUUAGAAGAUUCUUAUUAUUAUAGUAGUUAUGAAUGUAAUUAUGUAUAUGAACUGUAAAGUCAUAAAGUCCGACUUCUUGCAUUUGUUCGAUUUUUUAGAUAGCCGUGACUACACCCUUUUGAUAAAGGGUGAAAUCACGAUCGCUUUUAGUAAUAUUAUAAUAAAAUACCUUAAAAUAUAUACUUUACGUUAUUACGUACUCAAUUUGACAAAUACAUAUUUUUAGCUUUAAAAUCGUAAAUAAUAACAUAUAGAAUAAAUACACAUGCUAUAAUAG